CAGUGACACCAUUCCAUUUCUCGGUGUUUAGUCCGACGUGCGCAUUAAGAUCGUUCGUCAGUGUGAGGGUCUCCGUAUUCGGCACUUCGGACAGAGCGCACUGCACUUGCUCAAGGAAGGUGUCAUAUUCUUCCUCCAAAUUGUGCGCAUAGACCUGUACCAAGGUUCAAAGUCUACCGUACUCUGCAAAUAUGGUGAUCGUUGCAGUAACCCAGUUUGCAUCUACAGGCAUGCGAAGUUGAAUGGGUUUGGCGAUGGAUGUAAGAGGCUCAAGAGUCAAUUCAAUCACCAGCGGAAGCAGGUCGAUUUCGGCCGAUUUCAUUGGGAACCAAACUUGGCCGCAGCAGCCGUGGCAGCUACAAUAACGGCAGCAACGGACCCUCCUCAGGAAGCUGUAGUCGAUGUCUCCGUGCCGGUGGUGCCCGACCCUGCCUCCGCUAAGCCGGUGUGA